AUGGACAGAGCCAAACCCGCCGGAAUAAAACAAGGCACCCGCCGACCACAACCAAAAGAAAACCGAGACAAAUUGGCAUCCGAAGAAGGCAGCCAACACAACUCACCUCUUACAUCCGACCACGGCGACCCGACCUCACCCCCUCUCCAGCCACCGUCUUCCGUCCAGCCCACUCUCGUCGAAGCACCCGAAGGAAGGGCGCAGAAAGGGGAUCUGCAAACCCUAGGCGCAUCUUUCGGCGGAGUGUUGAAGUGGAGAGACGAGGCCAAAUCGAGGGUGAGCGGCGAAGCACGUUCUCCGGCUAACCCGGACUACCGCCGGGGAGAAGAGAAGGCUCGAUCAGAAGACGAUGAUGCAGGGAUUGGGUAG